GGCCGGUUUGUUGCAUAUGUGUAUUUAUUUUUAUGUUUCUUUUUUACUUCUACCUUCUAUCUAUCUAUAUCUCUGAGCUGCGUCUGCUGCAGCUGCUGCGGCUUUCUCUUCCCCUUCUGCUCUGAAGCGAAACUCCAACUCACAACUCUCACUCGUAUAAAUUUUUAUUUUCCUCUUUCAAUACCAACUUUUUGUAUCAGAAAAGCCAAGUGACAGUAUUACUACUAGUAUCUACAGAAGCAGACUUCCAGCAGCAGUGGUCUCAGCACUGCUGUGCUGCCCCCUCUUUGCUUUGCGUUGCUUUGGUUUUCUUUUAGAGAGGGAGAGAGAGGUAGAGAGAGAUAGAGAUAGAGAACAAACUCACCUAACCGACUACAGCAACAAAAACCACCCCCAACACUACAAAUCUCUCUCUCUUUCUGAUACAAUUUCAGAGACCCCACUUACACAAAACCUUACAUAGAUACAUAGAUAGAUUUUUUUCCCCAAGAUUUUUGAGUGUUUUUUUCCCCUCUCUCUUUUUUCCUUGUUUGUAGAUAUUAUUGUAUAUAAAGAUUGGAUUUGUUAUCAGAAUCAGCAGUUGUGGCUACUACAAGGAGACUGCCUUCAGAUUCUGGCGCUUUUGCUGACUGGGUCGCUUCUUCUUCCACCGGCCGUGCCGCCGAUGACCUCUCUCUGGGAUUCAAUGCUGGCCCAGCCGCCGCUGGAAACGCCUCCUCUGCCAGCGGCGGUGGAAUGUGGUCUUCCUCCACUCGCCAGAUCAAUUACGGCCUCCCACAUGAGAUGGGCAUGGUGGGUCUUCGCGACGUCUUCGUCGUCGCUCCGGCCUCCUCCUUCCACCCCAACAACCAGCACGACCCCAUCAUCUCCGAUCCUCACGCCAUCAAUGGCUCGAAUGCAGCCACCGCUCUUGGUGUUGGGGUCGGCGUCGGUGUCAUCCCCCUCCUCACUGCCGCUCCUUGCCUCGCUCCGUCGAGCAUGGGUGGCGUCGACGAAGCAGAUAUGCUAGGCCAUCGAAGCAAAGGCGGUGGAAUACAGUUGUGGCAAAACCAGCAAACCCAGCACGCCAAUUAUCUCAAAAAACCCAUGAUUCUCGAUCACAAUAGCUCUUCCAAUUUGCUCAGCUGUGGCGUUGGUGGAGUCGGCGCUUCGGGUCCUACAACUGCGGGUGGGACGACGUGCCAGGACUGUGGAAAUCAAGCCAAGAAAGACUGCAGUCAUCGCCGGUGCAGAACUUGCUGCAAAAGCCGUGGUUUUGAUUGCGCUACUCACGUCAAGAGCACAUGGGUUCCGGCCGCUAGGAGGCGAGAGCGACAGCUCAUGGUCUCCGCCACUCCCGGAGCAGGCUCUUCAGGGUCCACCUCCGGUGCUAAGAAACCUAGGCUCAUCACUUCACAAACUACUACAACAUCUCAUACUUCCACUUCCAAUACAACUCCUCCAAGAAGCUUUGAUACUAGUUCGAGUCAUCAAGAUGCGAGUUUUAAAGAGGCAUUGCCGGGGCAAGUCCGAGCCCCGGCCGUGUUCAAGUGUGUUAGAGUGACUGCGGUGGAUGAUGGCGAAGACGAAUAUGCUUACCAGGCAGUGGUGAAGAUUGGUGGGCAUGUGUUCAAAGGGUUUCUAUACGAUCAAGGGUUGGAAACAAGAGAUGGGUUUCCCAAUAUCUCAGAGCUGCAUUUGGGUGGUGGUAGUGGUAGUGGUGGCGGUGGUGGGGCUAGGAAUGGGGGGACUUCCUCCCCAAUUCUCGACCCUCCUGAUGUCUAUGCGGCUUCGGGAGGAGGCCUGCUUGGAGGUUCAAGCUAUGGUAACGCAAUAAAUUGAAAUUUUCUUCAGGGUUCUAAGAUGGUGGAUGGAUGGAGAGAGGCUCUCGGUGGAAUGACAUUGUAGUCUAAUUCCUCUUCUAUCUACUAAUUAUUGAUAGGGUUUCGGUAAAUUGUUCUUGUAGACUUGUAUCUUGUUAACAUAUAUAUCUCUCUCCCUUCUCUCUCUCUCUCUCUCUCUAUUUGCUUCGGCUUUUUGGUUCAUGAUAUUCUUGUUCCUGAUCGUUUCUGUUUGCCUUUCUCAUUGCACAGAGAGGAUCAUUGAUCAUUUGCCGAAGAAGCUAAAUUUUACUACUGUUUAUAAUAAUUCUUGUCUAAAACGUAUGUCGCUUCUGAAAAAUUUGACAUAAUAAAACACUGUUUGCUACUUUGUA